AAAGAAUGAAUGAGACGGAAAGAAUAUACUAGAAUCAUUCGAAUUCGAACUUAAUAGCGGUAGCUGAAAUGAUUCCCAAACUCAACGACGGUAAUUACCAUGACAAAGGGUUGAUUGAUAAGGGCGUUUUUGUCACUUUAAUUGCGUAAUGCAACCAACGCACGCACCCUUCUUCUAACAAAGGUUUCUGUUGAAUCUAUGGAGACUUGUGGAAGCUCAUGGUUAUGGAAGAGGUUUCUUCUAUCAUCACUAUUUCUCUUUGUAUUCUCCACCAUUGGAUCGUCAUCCCAUCAAACAUCUUCAGCCAUACGAUUCAAACUGGCUCAAGCUGCUGAUGCGGAGAGGCAGGUUAUGAUGCGAGCAGGUGCACCGUUUAAGGUUGCGUUGUUUGCGGACCUGCAUUUUGGGGAGGACGCGUGGACUGACUGGGGCCCACUUCAAGAUGUAAACUCCAUCAAUGUCAUGAAUACGGUGCUCCACCAUGAAACUCCAGAUUUUGUAAUAUAUCUUGGUGAUGUCAUUACUGCUAACAAUAUAAUGAUUGAAAAUGCAAGUUUGUAUUGGGAUCAAGCAACCUCUCCAGCAAGAAAUCGAGGCAUUCCUUGGGCUAGUGUAUUCGGAAACCAUGAUGAUGCUCCAUUUCAGUGGCCAUUGGACUGGUUCUCUGCUCCUGGAAUUCCUCCAAUUCAUUGUCCUCAAACCAGUGCUUCAUGUUCAGGAGAAGAUGAAUGUAGCUUCAGAGGAACAGGAAGACUGGAGCUGAUGAAAAAUGAGAUCAAGUAUAAUGCAUCGUUUUCUAGCUAUGGUCCAAGAAAACUUUGGCCUAGUGUAUCAAAUUAUGUUCUUCAAGUUUCCUCGCCAGAUGAUCCGCAAUCACCAGUUGCUUUCCUCUACUUCCUAGAUUCUGGUGGUGGUUCCUAUCCAGAAGUCAUAUCCAGUGGCCAAGCAGAAUGGUUUCUAAAGAAAUCUGAAGAAAUUAAUGCUGACUCUAGAGUUCCUGAGAUUAUUUUCUGGCAUAUACCAAGUAAGGCCUAUAAGGCUGUGGCACCUAAGUUUGGCAUACGAAAGCCUUGUGUUGGUUCAAUCAACAAGGAAAAAGUCGCUGCUCAAGAAGGUGAAAUGGGUAUCAUGGAUCUUCUUGUGAAAAGAACCUCAGUCAAGGCAGUAUUUGUAGGACACGACCAUGGAUUGGAUUGGUGCUGCCCAUACAAGAAACUAUGGCUAUGCUAUGCUAGGCAUACUGGCUAUGGUGGCUAUGGAAAUUGGCCUAGAGGAGCUCGGAUUUUGGAGAUCACUCACAAUCCCUUUUCUCUACGAUCAUGGAUAAGGAUGGAGGAUGGCAAUGUUCACAGUGAAGUUGUCUUGAGCUGAUACUUGAAUGUUAAUUGCUGCAAGUUUAGCUAAUGCCUAUACAAGAUCAAUGACAUAUGUGGAAAAUUUGGCAAAGUAUUUAAUUAAACUGUUGUAAUUUGAUAAUAUUACAAUGGUCUAAAGAAAAAAAAGUUGUAAGUGAAAUUUUAGAAUCAUAACUCGUGAACAAAGUUGUAAGCAAGAAUUUACGUUUGCCAAAUUUUUGUAAAUAGAGAAAACCAAAUCGGAGGAAAUCACGCCAAUUUGCAGAAA